AUGUCGCAUCACGCCCAAAUCGAGGAAGUCUCUGACUCCGACCCGGAGGAGGUCGCCCCCUCCUUCGACUCAGACGAUGAACUCCCCCACAAUGCCAUCAUCUCACCCGCAAACAUCCCAAAGGCCGCCCCAGCGCCCCAACAGCAGAUGCCCAUGCCAACAAUGCCAGCCCCCGAACCCCAGCGCGAAAUCCCCAAGCACUUCCAAUGUCUCUACCCAGUGUAUUUCGACAAGAGCCGAAGCCGCGCCGAAGGCCGCAAGGUCGGCGCGGAGCUCGCGGUGGAAAAUCCCCUCGCCAGAGACAUUGUCGAUGCAGUCCAAAUGCUCGGUUUGAACGCGGGCUUGGAGCCAGAGAAGCUGCAUCCCAAGGACUGGGCUAAUCCGGGCCGUGUGCGCGUUCAGUUGAAGAAUGAGAAUGGUCAAUUGGUGAAUUCCAAGAUCAAGAAUAAGCACCAUCUUUUUAUUCUCGUCGCACAGUUUUUGAAGGCCAACCCCACUACUGAGCAAUCGCCUUACCGGUUACGGAUCCGUGGCUUGCCCAUGCCUGAGAAGUUGCCGGAUGCCCCAGCUGCUCCGCGGGGAUGGAAGAUUGGAAAGAUCUUGCCUAUUCACUCGCCUGCUUACAGUGGUGGUGGUGUCAGUGAUAACCCGCUCAAGGAUGCUAUGGCUGAGAUGCAGGGCAUGCAGGGUCAGCCUGGUAUGCCGCAGAUGCCUGAUAUGGGCAAUAUGGCGCAGAUGAUGAGCCAAAUGGGUGGCAUGGGUGGACUGGGUAAUAUGCUCAGUGGAUUAGGCGGUAUGGGCGGUAUGGGUGGAAUGGGUGGAAUGGGUGGAAUGGGUGGAAUGGGUGGUAUGGGCGGCAUGGGUGGCGAGCCUUCUGGCGCGGAUAAGAAAAAGAAGGAAAAGAAGAAGGGCCGAGGAUGA